AUGAGAAUCUACGAUCGAAUAGUCCAAUGCACUCGCAAUUGCUACAAGCACAAAGGGGAAGAAAGCAUCUUAGAAUGUGAAAAGAAUAGUGAUGAUUUGGACACAAAAGAAGAAAAAGUAAAUCCAUGCAAAUAUGUAACAUACGAAUGUCAGCACAUAUUGUUCCUUUCUUCAUUUCAGUUAUCAAUUUCUCUAAUAUUUUCUUUUUACUGUAAAUUUUACCACUUGGCACUUGUAAAUACUGGGUUAUUUUUAACCUCGAUAAUACAUUGGAGAAAACCAGAAUUAGGUAUAAGAAGAACAGUAGAUAUGGCAAUGGCACUUAUGAACUUUUUAUCACAUGCAGUACAUUCAUUCAAUAUAAAUUCUCAGUGUUUUUUUGUAUGUUUAUUUGGUGGUAUUAUUAUAGCCAUAUUAUACUUAACAGGUAAAAAAUUCAGUUGCAAUUCAUAUAGUACACUCUAUCACUUACUACUCCACACCACUGGUAAUAUGUCUGCACUUACUAUUUAUUAUAUUUCAAAAGAUAAAAUGAUUGAUCAUUCUUGA